AUGGCAUCUCAGAGUUCUUCCUUUCUAUUCCAGCUUUUACAUUCUAGAGAAUACAGCGACUUUACCCUAGUCUGCCAGGAGCAGCAGUUUUAUCUCCACAAAGCCAUUGUUUGCCCGCAGUCCCCAGUUAUUACUGCUGCCUUGCAAGGAGAAUUUCAGGAGGCUAGAACGAAGGUCCUGAAUGUGGAAGCAUUCGACGUCGCCACCGUUCGGCGCAUGGUCAACUUUAUGUACACCGAGGAAUAUGAAGUCGGCUAUGUCCACGAGGCGAGCGGCUCCGCUACGGGUCACGAAACUGAGAGGACGGAGGUGACCGAAGCAUUACUCUGUCACGUCCGCGUGAACGCGAUCGCCGAUUACUACAACGUCCCAAAGCUGACCCAGCUGGCGAACUCCAAGAUACAAACCAUCCUCCGAGACAGUUGGUUAGCAGAGUCAUUCUCUCAUGUCGUUAAGGAAGCUUCGGUUUCAACAGGGGAUGUUGCCUUGCACGAUAUUAUCACCUCGACUGCUGCAUACCACAUUGAAGAGCUUGUUGAGUUCCAGAGCUUUGCCGACUUGGAAGUUAUGAGUGAAUUUGCCAUCAAAGUCCUGCGCAGUUGUGCGCGACGGAUACGCGAUAUCGAAUCCCAGCUUCAGUAUAUCCAGUCAGUAUGCAAGAAGGAGGCUGUCAGAGCCGAUCGUGUUAUCGGCAACAUUGACAAUUGCUUGCGAACCCUGUCGGCGUGUAGUAACGAUUUAGUCGUGAUCCAAGGGGAGCUCUCAUGA